UACCUACAAUCCAAGGUCCGCGCCCCACUCUAAAGUGUUAUUAAACAUAAAAAAUAUUAAUUGAACAUUGUAAAAAAAUAUUCACUAAGAUAUUUUAAUUAUAUUUAAAUUCAUUCGUGAAUGUCUUAAAAUAUUACCUUCAAUCAGUGCGUUUGAAAAAAAGUCUGUUUGUCUACUUUCUUUUUUUCAUUCAACUCUUCUCUCUUCCACAUCUUAGUCACCUUUCUUCAUCAACCACCACCACCAUCUUCACCGAUCGCUGGAAGUUCAAUAAAAGAGCCAGCGAAGGCGGUAGCUCGAGAAAAACGGAAACAGUGACACGUCGUAGUCUCUUAGUAGUCAGCUUAUUUUAUGAUUUAACCAAUCGAUCUAUAAAAUAGUGAAACACCUUUGCCGUUUUACGGCUAAACAAUAGUCACGAGGAUGAUGAAUUCAUCACUGGUGAUUUUGCUACUUGUAGCGGUUUCUUUUGCUCAGAGUGAGAACAUCCGAGUAAAGAGACAAGAGGAGAAAAAGGAAGAAAGCUUCGAGAAUGAAAUAUGCAAGGACAAGGACGCAGGCGAAUGGUUCAGACUUGUCGCUGGUGAGGGUGAUAAUUGUCGAGAUGUAAUUCAAUGUACAAGCUCAGGAUUGCAAGCUAUAAGAUGUCCAGCUGGGCUUUACUUUGACAUCGAUAAGCAGACAUGCGACUGGAAGGAUUCAGUCAAUAAUUGCAAGCUCAAAAACAAGGAAAGAAAGGCUAAACCUCUGCUCUAUACUGAAGAACCACUUUGUCCUGAUGGCUCUUUAGCUUGCGGCGAUAGUUCUUGUAUUGAACGGGGACUCUUCUGUAAUGGAGAAAAAGAUUGUGCUGAUGGAUCCGAUGAAAAUGUUUGCGACAUGGAUAAUGAUCCAAAUAGAGCACCACCUUGUGAUCCAGCAGUUUGCUCCCUCCCUGAUUGUUUCUGUUCUGAAGAUGGUACAUUAAUUCCUGGAGACCUUCCGCCAAAAGAUGUUCCACAAAUGGUUACAAUAACUUUCGAUGAUGCCAUCAACAACAACAACAUUGGACUUUACAAAGAAAUCUUCAAUGGAAAACGUAAAAAUCCUAACGGCUGUGACAUCAAGGCCACCUUCUUUGUAUCUCACAAAUAUACCAAUUACUCAGCAGUUCAGGAAAUGCAUCGAAAAGGUCAUGAAAUUGCCGUUCACUCAAUCUCGCAUAACGAUGAUGAACGAUUCUGGUCUCAAGCGACAGUUGAUGAUUGGGCAAAAGAAAUGGCUGGAAUGAGAAUCAUCGCAGAGAAGUAUGCCAACUUGACGGAUAAUAGUGUCGUUGGUGUGAGAGCGCCUUAUCUACGAGUCGGUGGAAAUAAUCAAUUCACUAUGAUGGAAGAGCAAGCUUUCCUUUAUGACUCAACAAUUACUGCAGCACUUAAUAAUCCUCCACUAUGGCCAUAUACGAUGUAUUUCAGAAUGCCUCAUCGUUGCCAUGGAAAUCUUCAACAUUGUCCAACCCGGUCUCAUGCUGUUUGGGAGAUGGUAAUGAAUGAGUUGGACCGCAGAGAAGACCCUCAGAAUGAUGAAUACUUGCCUGGCUGUGCUAUGGUUGAUUCCUGCAGUAAUAUUCUAACUGGAGACCAAUUCUAUAAUUUCUUAAACCACAACUUCGAACGUCAUUAUGAACAAAAUCGUGCACCACUUGGACUUUACUUCCAUGCAGCUUGGUUGAAAAAUAAUCCCGAGUUCCUUGAUGCUUUUCUCUAUUGGAUUGAUGAAAUUCUCGCUAACCACAAUGAUGUUUAUUUCGUCACAAUGACUCAAGUAAUUCAAUGGAUCCAAAACCCACGUACAGUCACCGAGUCAAAGAACUUUGAAUCUUGGAGGGAAAAAUGUGUUGUUGAUGGACCACCAGCAUGUUGGGUUCCACAUACAUGUAAAUUAACAUCUAAAGAAGUACCUGGGGAAACAAUCAAUCUCCAAACAUGUGUACGAUGUCCCAAUAAUUAUCCUUGGUUAAAUGACCCAACUGGUGACGGUUUCUUUUAAAUAUAACUAAUAAAUCAUCAAGUCACUUACUACCUUGACCCUUGACUUGCACGAAGACAUGUUGCUAAAGUUUUUUUAGCAGUCUGUGCAAGAAUUUAUACACCUGCAGAGAAUGCGAAAGAGUCUAGUGAUCUACGUGAUCUCCAGUGCCCAAAAAAUCAUAUUAAAAUGCGAAACAUGCUUUUUUGGUACUGAAAUAUAAUUUUAUCAUGAUUUUUGGGAACUAGGUCUUAUAAUCCUGGAGUUAUAAGAAACUUCAAAGUAAAUAAUGAUAAAUAUGAAUAAUAGAAUGAAAGGGAGGGAGAGAAAGAGAAAAAGAAAUAAGUGAAAAAAAAAAUCUAACUUUUAUUGCUUCCUUUCAAGCGAGCAAAUAAAACCGCAAAGACAUUUGUAAUAUAGAUAUGACAAUUUUUUCCCAUCUUAUUUCUAUGUUUUUUUUUUGUUUUCUAUUUUUAAUUUUUUUUUAUUUUUCUUACUUCUUCGACAUCUUUAUUUUUUAUUCUGUUCUCUGUAUCCCUAAGCAAUCCACCAAAAGCUCCUGAAGAACGUCCUUAUUUUUCUAAGGGUUGUUCAUAUAAUUAUUAAUAAUUAUGUUACAUGUGUAUGUAAAUUUAUAAAAAAAAA